AUGGAGAAGCACAGCGCCGGUGAGAUCUCCCCCUCAGAUGCGAUCCAUCAUCAGGAAAUUGUGGAAAACUUGAGUCACAAUGUUACUGGCGAAAUUCAAAAUCCCCUUGCUGGAAUCUCGAAGGAAAGGCUUUUUCACGACGUCGAGACGUUUGCGCAGAAUCACCAACUGACCGACAUACUACCCGAUCUUCGCAAAGGCGCUCUUGUCGCUCAGGCGGCUGAUGAAUUCGAAACUGUUGAAGAGCUCAGUGAGGAAGACCUCAACGUACUUCGGUCUGAAAAGAAUCAUAGGUGGCAACACCCGAAGGCACUUUACUUCACGAUCCUCUUGAACUCAAUCAGUGCCGCCAUCCAAGGCUGGGAUCAGACCGGAUCGAAUGGAGCAAAUUUGUCCUUUCCGCAAGAGUUUGGCAUAGCCGACACUGGAGCUGUAUGCGAGGCCAAUGGAACCUGUGAAAGGAACUCUUGGAUUGUGGGUGCUAUCAACGGCACGCCAUACAUGGCCAUCGCCCUCUUUGCUGCUUGGCUUUCCGACCCCUUGAAUGACUGGAUUGGCCGUCGCGGUACGAUAUUCAUUGGGGCGAUAUUCAGCUUGCUCGCGCCAAUUGGACAGGCAUUGGCCCAGACAUGGCCUCAGAUUCUGGUGUGCAGACUACUGCUUGGAUUGGGAAUGGGUCUGAAAGAGGUCACAGUGCCCGUGUUCUCCGCUGAAAACGCACCGACGAGUAUUCGUGGAGCAUUGACUAUGUCAUGGCAGCUGUUCGUCGCCUUCGGAAUCAUGCUGGGAUUUUCGGCCAACCUUGCGGUCAUCAAUACCGGGAAAAUUGCAUGGAGACUUCAGCUGGGAUCUGCAUUCAUUCCUGCGGUUCCGCUGCUUCUUGGGAUCUGGUUUGCGCCGGAAUCACCCCGUUGGCUGAUCAAGAAAGGGAAAUUCGUCAAGGCACACAGGUCCCUUCUUCGGCUCCGCAAUUCACCACUUCAAGCCGCCCGAGACCUUUAUUUCAUCCAUGCGCAAUUGCAAGCCGAAGAAGCGUUGAUCGAAGCAAAGGGGUUCAAGAACGACAAUAUGCUCACGAGGUUUAUUGAACUUUUCACUGUUCCGCGAAUCCGCCGGGCAACGCAGGCAUCCGGAAUUGUCAUGAUCGCCCAACAGAUGUGCGGCAUCAACAUCAUGUCCUUCUACUCCUCUACCAUCUUCCUACAGGCUGGUGCAAGCCAGAUCGUUGCACUUCUUGUGUCCUGGGGCUUUGGCAUGGCAAUGUUCGUGUUUGCAUUCCCUGCCUUAUACACGAUCGAUACCUGGGGCCGACGGACGCUGCUCAUCGCCACCUUCCCGUUCAUGUGCCUCUCCCUCCUCGCGACCGGGCUGUCCUUCUACAUCCCGACGUCUUCACCGGCGCACCUUGGGCUGAUCGCACUAUUCAUCUUCAUCUUCGUGGCCUUCUACGGGCCGGGCGAGGGGCCCUGCGCGUUCGUCUACUCGUCCGAGGUGUUCCCGCUGUCGCACCGCGAGGUGGGCAUGUCGUGGGCGGUGGCGACCAACAACUUCUGGGCGGCGGUGCUGGGGCUGACGUUCCCGCGCAUGCUGCAGGCGCUGCGGCCGCAGGGCGCGUUCGGCUUCUACGCCGGCCUCAACGCCCUCGCGCUCGUCGCCAUCUUCCUCUUCAUGCCCGAGACCAAGAUGCUCAGCCUCGAGGAGCUCGACGGCGUCUUUGGGGUGCCCACGACGGUGCACGCCCGCUUCCAGGCCGGCCGCGUGCUGCCGUGGUGGAUCUCCAGGUACGUCUUCUUCCGCCGCGACGCGGUCGAGCCGACGCUGUAUCACUUCGAGAACGCCACUUCGCAGCCGGCGCCGGAUGAUUACGAGGCCAAGGUCGGUGGGUCGCAGGCUAGCUGA